AUGUCUUCUGUAUUCACUGCUCAGGAACAGUCAGAGAUCAUUGUGGUGGACAGUGAUAGUGAUCUUGAGGACGUGGACCUCCCAACGGAGACAGCUGUGUUGCCAAAGAACAGAGGUUUACCGGACAUCAUAUCUGUCAGUUCUGUGGAAGAAAUGCUUCCCUCGAGUCCCCUACAACCAAAUAAAAUUGCAUUUCCAGAGGCUGAGAAUUCUGAUGAUGUGAUAUCGGUAAAGUCUAUAGAAGAAUUAAAUCCUCCCAAGCUAAGCAGAGGAAACAUUUCAUAUGAAGUAAACUCCAAUGGGAGAAGUAUUGAAGAAAUCUGCAUCUGCUGUGGAGAGCUUGAGAUUCACACUCAGCAUCCAUUAUUUUAUGGGGGAAUAUGUGCUCCUUGCACAGAGAAAUUUCUGGAGAGAUUCUUCCUGUGUGAUGAAGAUGGCUCUCAAGCUGACUGUACAAUCUGUUGCUGGGGCAAUUCUCUAAUGAUGUGUGAUGAUCCAAAAUGUCACAGGUGUUUUUGUGACACAUGUGUGGAUACCCUUGUCUGUCCUGGAUAUUCAGAGGAAAUCAAAGACACACAUCCCUGGAACUGCUUCCUAUGUGAACCAAAUAAUCGACAUGGUUUAUUGAGGAAGAAAACAAAAUGGCGGGAAGAUCUGAAGCACUUCUAUGAUCAAGAGUCUAACUCACUUAACAUAUAUCAGCCAUUAUCCCCAUGGGAGAGAAAACCAAUCCAUGUGCUUUCCCUUUUUGACAACAUUACAAAAGAACUGAACAGAUUUGGAUUUCUAGAUAAAAACAGGGGCAAUGGGAAAUUGAAGUAUUUGGAUGAUGUCAAAGAUGUAAGAAGAACCCAUAUAGACGAGUGGGGUCCAUUUGAUUUUAUUUUUGGAUCCACACCACCAGUUGCAAAUUCUUAUAAAGACCCCCCUGCCUGGUACUUUUACCAAUACAUGCGUAUACUGCAGUAUGGGAGACCUCCAGAAGGAAGCCAGAAGCCCUUCUUUUGGCUGUUUGUAGACAACCUUGUUCUUGAUGAAGAAGGCAGACAUACAGCUUCACGCUUUUUUCAGGUGGAAGCAGUGCUCAGGUACAAGCAACAUGGUGACGUCAUCCAGAAUGCAGUACUUGUAUGGAGCAACAUCCCAUCUAUUAAUAGCAAAUACUCUGCUGCAUCUUUGUAUGUGGAUUUGUCUCAGUUGGCGAAGGAGAUCCUUAGGACCAGGAUUUUCUCUCAGCGUCCGGCCACUCUCAUUAAGGAGUUUUUUGUUCCAUUGAAAGACUAUUUUAGAGCUUUUUCAUGA